AUGGACUAUUUUAGCCAUGCUUCGCCGGAAAGCUUUGAUAUUGGAAGAAAAGGAUUCCUAAGAUACGAAGAAUACAAAGGAUACUGCCUGAGCAUUGUUAGGCAGCCACUUGAGAAAAAUAUCAUGGGCGACAGAAUAGCCUUUGAUCAGAUAAGGUUCAUGAAGGGAGAAACACACAUUGACGCAAUCUUUGAGUUCUUCUCACAAGGAAAGCAGCAUAUAUCACUCCAAACGCUUAAAAGUGCUGCAUCAAAGCUAGAUCUCAAUAUCUCAGAUCAUGAGAUCAAAGACAUGAUACGCCUUCUCAGCAUAAACGGGCUUGUAUCCAAGGAUGAGUUUUCACAUGCAUUCGAAUAG